UAUUUAAUAUGAUCAAACUGCGCAUUCCAGAAGAAUUUCCCGCGAGGUACAAUUUUUCUAUUUCUAUAAAGAGAUUCCCUUUAUGUUUGUUUGAACUUUUUUUGUUUUUUUUUUUGCCUAAAAGAUCUAUAUCAUUUAAGUAAGGGACAGAUUUCUCAUUCUUUCAUUAAUUCUAAUAUUCCACUGGGGAUAGAGUUAAUCACAUAGGUCUUCAUUUGAAAUUCAUAUAUAGGAAAAUCGAUUACGUGCAAUGAGAUUUUUCGGCCACUAAGGAUUGAACUGCUCCACUUGCCUCCCCUCAAUCGCCACUCCUUUGUUUUCUCUGUCACAAAUUGAAUGAGGGGGGAAAAAAAAAAAAAAAAGGGCGCGACCAGUGGUGCGGUGGUGAAUCACCUGCGUGACGUCAGCAAGGCGGGCGGGGCGCGGCUCCUUUCUCUUCCUGUUUUCAAACGCACGCAGGUGACAAAAAGCUGAGAUUUUUCGCAGAACAUGUCGCCGCGCAUCUUCUUCCUCCUCCUCUUCUCGCUCCUGGCUCGUCCCCGCGCCGGGGACGCGGACAGUUACCGGUCCGGCCGGCAAGACUUCGCCGUGGACCUGGAGGACGCGGUCCAGGCAGGCGCGGCCCUGUUGGACGUCGUGCAAGAGAGCGACUGCCGGGCUGCAUGCGGCGCGCUCCCGCGAUGCGACGUCGCGCAGACGGACGGCAACCUGACGUGCGCGCUCAUCGACUGCGAGCACAGGGGCAGGUUCGUGUGCCGCUUCCUCCGCAGACCCCAGUUCCGAAUUGACGUCCGGGAGGAACAGUAUCGGAAGUAUUUGGAAGGACCGCCGGAAAAAGACGAGCCGGCGCCGCCCAUCGCCGUGCCGGGUCGGGACCAGGUGGUGCGACCCGGAGCCACGGUGACGCUCAACGGUAUCCAGAGUUUGGCACUCGGCGACGCCUCUAUCACUGACUACAAUUGGACGCUACAAAGCGGGAACGCCAACGUCGUCAUGGAGAAGACGCCGCUGUCCGACCAGGUGCUACUGUCAAACCUGGAGGCAGGACGGUACCUCUUCCGCCUCACCGUCACUGACUCCAACAGGCGUUCACAUGCCGCUGACGUCCAAGUUCUGGUCCUGGACGGCCACGAGUCCGCACGUUACUGCUUGUCCGAGGCCAAGACUGGGCCCUGCCGCGCCGCCUUCCCGCGCUGGCAUUACGACGCCGACUUGCAGCGAUGUAGGCAAUUCGUCUUCGGAGGAUGUAAAGGAAAUCUCAACAACUUCCUGUCAGAGAAGGAGUGCGAGCGGGCCUGCGACGGAGUCACGCCGAUAUCGUCGGAACUCCAGCGCGUCGCCCUUCCAGCAGGCAAGGUGUGCGGCUUUGCUUGCGGUGCCAGUCAGCUGAGUUGCGACGGCGACUGCUGCCUGGACAGAAGUCUGGAAUGCGACGGCGUGGCGCAGUGUGCCGACCGCACCGAUGAGGAGCACUGCACUAGACUCAAUCGGACCUUCUCCCGUCUUCUGGAUCUGGAUGUCGACCAGAGAAAAGCCCGCUGUGCCGAGCCCCCCCAGACGGGCCCUUGCCGGGCAAGCCACGCGCGCUGGUACUACGACCCGCUCGAGACGCGUUGCCGGCGCUUCACGUACGGCGGCUGCUACGGGAACGACAACAACUUUGCCGAGGAGACGCAAUGCGACGCCGCCUGCCACGGCGUCACGGAGCGGGAUGUGUUCGCCCGAGGGCCCUUCGAACGCUUCGAGGAGAGACGAGACGAGGAAAGCGGCUCGGGAACGGCGGCGGUGGCGGUGAUUCUGGCCGUGGCCAUCGCGGCCGCCCUCGCCGUUCUGGGCUACUGCUUUCUGAAGAACCGGAAGAAGAAGCGCGAGGCGGCCGAAGCCCGAGCGGCCCGCCAGGUCACGUCGGAACAGGAUACCUUGGUGUACAACAGUACCACCAAACCUUUAUGAGACCCGUAGGACCUUUUCUUGCAUUUUGUUUUUGAAAAUAAAGUUUCCUUUUCCUCCACCGAAAACUGCUGGCUCGCCGCCGUCCCAGGAAAAACCCGAUCCGCGUCGGCCGAACUUUCAACCGUGUCUGCUCGCGGAUCCGGAUAGCUGCCAAAAUGUCACUUUGUAGUCAUUGUGAUUUUACUGUGCUCGAGCCAAGAUCAGAAAAAUCCAAUCAUAGCCAUCAAACAUUUGAAUUUGUCCUGAUGCCAAAAAUUGAUAUCUGUACUGUUUUCCCCCUAUUACAUUUCAAGCAAAAAUAAAUCUGAAACA